AUGAACAGCCUGCCUCAGCAGGAGUUGACAGCGCUGAACGUGGAGCUGGGAGAGCUGACACCUGCUGUGGAGGCCUACAAUGCGCUGCAGAGGCUGCUAGACGAAGCCAAAGGGCUGGAAGGCCUGACCAGCGGCGAGGAUGAGGACAUGCGGAAGCUGGCCAGGGAGGAGCAGCAAGUGCUUCAGGAGCAGGUGCCGGCACUAGAGCAGGCGCUGCUGGACCAGCUGCUGCCCAGGGACGAGGCGGACGAGAGGGGCGCCGUGCUGGAGGUUCGCGCCGGCACGGGUGGCGAUGAGGCCGCGCUGUUUGCCGGCGACCUCUUCCGCAUGUAUCAGCGCUUUGCCGAGCUGCGCCGGUGGAAGUUCGAGGUGCUGGAGAUGGCGGAGAGCGAUGUGGGCGGCUUCAAGCUGGCGAGCGCGAACGUGGCGGGCCGAGGUGCAUACGGGUCGCUCAAGUGGGAGAGCGGCAUCCACCGCGUGCAGCGCGUGCCCGUAACCGAGAGCUCCGGCCGCGUGCACACCAGCGCCGCCUCCGUUGCUGUUAUGCCGCAGGCCGAUGAGGUGGAUGUGAGCGUGAAGGAUGAGGACCUGCGCAUAGACACGUACCGGGCGGGCGGCGCGGGCGGCCAGCACGUGAACACCACCAACUCGGCCGUGCGCAUCACUCACAUCCCCAGCGGCCUCGUCGUCGCCAUCCAGGCACGCCACCUUGUUGAUGCAUGGUGGCAGGACGAGCGGUCGCAGCACAAGAACAAGGCGAAGGCGCUGAAGAUUCUUCGUGCGCGGCUGUUUGACGCGCAGCGGCAGCGGCAACGCGCUGAGCAGUCUUCCGAGCGCAAGGGGCUCAUCGGGUCGGGGGACCGCUCCGAGCGCAUCCGCACCUACAACUUCCCCCAGCAGGGGAGAGUGACGGAUCACAGAGUGGGCCUGACAGAACAUGGCAUCGAGGGUGUCUUGAGUGGAGCUAGCCUGGACACCUUCAUAGAUGCAUUGAGCACCCACCACAAGCAACAGCUGCUUUCUGAUCUGGGGCAGUAG